AUGCGCAGGUAUCCGCUGCCUUACUGGGCAUUCGUGCCGGCCUUAGGCGUUUGGCCCGACGGGUCCACGACGACGACGACGACUUCUGCCGCCGCUCCGUUGCCGCCGCCGUCCCCGGGCAUCCGCGUGGACGUGGACCGGGGUCAAGUCAGCGUGAUUCCGCUGCAGAAGUUCCAAAAGUACAACAAGCACCCGAACACGCCCAGCGUCGACGGACCGAGCAAGCUGAAGAAAACGCAGUCGACGGAACGGCCCGUCACCAAGAUAUACCUAAAGCCGGCGGCCAGGGCCAAGGCCGGUCCGGGCGGCGUGGCACUGGCCAACCCCAUCAGCACCGCAGUGGUCAGGAGGGGCGACACGGUCAGCAUCGAGUACUUACCGGACGCUACGGCCGAAGCCGGUGCGGGCGGCGUGGCCAUUUCUCGUCCAGAGUUUAUCAUUCAGCUCGUGGACUGAAAUAGAAACGGCCGUCGGUCACAGAUUCCCGGAUGGUCGAAGUUCCCAGUAGUUAUCACUAUGGUUUUCCCAAAUAGUUUAAUGUAUCAGUAGACAUUUAAUACUUGGUACAUUCGUUUUUCGUAUCAACCCAAGUAACAAAGAGAUUAAUUAAAAAAUUGCAUGUAAAAAAAUUCUUAUAAUAUUGAAAAUAUAUUUUUAUUUAAAUAUUUUUCAUAAACUUUGUUUAGCAAAACAUUUUCCUUAAAAUAUUCUUUGAUACAUGCCCACCUCUAGACUUUAAACCGAUAUUUUUGGCUAAAUACCAAACAAAUGGUGAAAAAAGUCCUCUGAAUUUUGGGAUUUGGGCCCAGUUAUAAACUAUACCAAAAUAAAACUAUGGGAUGAUUAUGGGAACUUGUGACUGUGGAAUCUAUGAUGGCUUAUCGAAGAAGAUCAAAAGCUAUUAUAAAAAUAAAAAAUAUUUUAUUACCAUUUUAUAACUUACUUGCAAACUAUUUUUUUUUAAUCAAAUACAAACAAAAUCUACCUAUUGUAAAUCAAAACUUAUUGUAAAAUUUGAGUUAAUAAUUUUUCCUAUUUUUUUUUUUUUUUUGAUAAAUAAUUAAUAUUAUAUAAGUACUAUAGCGGUUAAUUAAAUUUGUUAUAAGACUGACUGUUUAAUAUUAUUUCCAACUACGAUAAGCCCGUUUUUUUAAUAUUAUAUUGGUUGAUAAAAAUGUAAAAAAACAUGUACAUUUUGCGAUACACGGUACUUAUUGGAUCUUUGUAAUAUGAACUUAUAAUAUAUUUUAUAUGAUUGUGAAGAUUAAAUAAGUAGAUAAUUAUAACUGAUAGAGCUUUUUCUUAAAUGAAACAAU